UCAUAAAAAAAUAUGUGAUACACAAUGUAGACUAACAUUCGAAUUAUUGUGAAGUAAUCCAUACUACAUGUUCUGCUACAGAAAAUAUUCAGUCUUUAUAAGUAAUAAUUACAUUUUACUAUUAUCUACAUAAUGUGCGCACCGAAAACGAUCAUUAUUGUUCUGCUUUAUAUAUUUACAUGGGACGUAUGUUUGAACUGUGAUGAUGUAUCAGCAAAGGACUCUCAAGUUUACGAAGACUUUAUCAAUUUGUUUAAUCAGAUCCCAACGCUUAUGGUUAGUACACCGCCGCCAAUUUCUGAUGCCGACCUACGUCAGUUGUUAGAUGCGUCGGCAUCAAAUGAAAACAAAACCGUUAACAACGAUUGGUCUAAGAUUUCUGGAGAUUUUAAUUUGAAAAUAAACGGUUUAAAAUGUACAUACGAAUACGUCACUAUGAAAAUGUUACAUCACUUACAGACAACCAACUAUAAUCUGGGUGCCCGGAAAACGAUACUCUUGUACAGAAAAUACACAUGGAGAAUGUUGUCAGUGCUGUUCCUCGCCAAAACUUCUGCACCUAGACAGCUGUGGAACAUUUCUGCAUUGUUGACCGCGGCCAGUCGAAAGCGAUUAAAUGAUCAAGAUUUAUUGAAAUUUAAGACUUCAAACGCCAACAGCAGAUUCUUGGAGAAAUGCGUUCAAGACAAUAUCUUAACGUCGAACGUUUUGUCCGAGAUAUCGUCCAUAUCUUCUAAUGAACUCACGGAGAUACUUGUGAGCUUGCAACUAUCAGACGGCAACGAGGGAAAUAUGAUCGGCAUUUAUCGAUACAGCCAAGAGUUCGACGUGUACGGUUUGUACGAACGGAUUGUUAAAAAUCAUAGGUUUGUCAUGCCGCCGGGACGAUUUUCAAUGUAUUCUUAUUAUUACCAAAUAGAAUUUUCGAACGCGCUAACCGAUUGUGUCCAGCUAGUUCAGACAACGUGGAAAACCGAUUAUUCUAUGAUACAUCUAUUCACCGACUUCGUUAAAAACACAUUGAUGAUGAUGACUUCAAUGUUAGUACUACACUACUGUUCCGUCGUAAGAAACGUGUGGCUUGAUAAUAAAGGAAAGUUGGAACUGCCUUCUGGCCUAUUGGAACAGGUCAGUGAAUCCUAUGAACAUGUACUGGGCUCGGUAAAUUAUGUCAGCAACUUUUUGGCUAUGGAAAACGAUUCGUUUUUCCAAAGCGACACCCAUUUGACUUUAAAAAAAAACGUUACUAGAGAAAAUGUCGAUAUUUUUUCAAAAGAAGUAUUUAAACUGUAUAGUAUUUUUACUAAAAAAAUAGGAUUAAAAUAUUAUAAUAACAAUAUCACUAUAUUCGCUACAAAAAACCACAUCAAAAACAUGACACAUUUAAUAGAUUUUUCCAUUUUACUACUAAAGUAUUGUGAUAAUAAUAUUACAAAACUAAUCGGACCUCUAAAUUUCAAAAUUAUCAAAUAUUUCGAAUUAAGUGUGCGCAACACAAGUGGCGAAGAUAUUUAAAUUAACAAUUUGAUAUUCAACAAAUAUAAUUAAUAUACUAUACAUUUCAAUUGAACUCUAAUUUUACAAUCAAUUUAUGAAAUAUAAGUACAAGAAAACAAAUACUUACAAAGUUAUAUAAUAUUAUCUAAAAAAUAGAAAUAUGUUUAGAAAAAAAUAUCUAAAUUAUUAUAAAUAUUUGCAAUUUAAGUAGCUUAAAGAUUAAAUAUUUUACAAAAAUGUAAACUAUGGUUGUGAUUCAUAUUUUCUCAUUUAAAUUCUUAAUUCUCUUAAUAUUUAAUUAAUUUUGUUUUAUGCUUGUCUUUAUAACUAAAAUAAAUUGUAUUGUAUAAACUAAUUAAGACGUUCUGAAAACCUUAUAUGUAAUAGGGAACUGUCAUAAAAUAUGAUUACCUACCCCUAUUUUUGCACUCUCCAAGUAUAGUGUUUACAGUUAAUAGCUAUUUUACGAAACUUUUUUGAUUUAUAUAUAUUAAACAAACAACUGUUGUUUUUGGACUAUUGCAUAAAAAAUUUUUUCAAAAAUCUGCAGUCAAACUUUUUUUUAUAAAUGAAAAAAAGAAGAAUUCAACUUUUAACGUAGUAAAUAUUUAGGUUGUUGCUAUGUGAGAAUGAAUAAAUAGUCAACGAGUAUCUGAUAAUUAAUUUCAUUUUAUUGUUGACACGAUAUUGCUUAUUGGUAACAAUGGUAACUAACCUAACCUAACCUAACCUAACCAAACAAAAAACAAAGUGAAGUUUAUUUAUAAGCACAUGUUUGCGAUUAAGGGGGCUCCAUACAGACCAUUUAUUCAGUCAAAACACAUCAUUGGCCGAGAUCGGUCGAGGUACUUUUUUCAAUUUUUAAUUUUAACCCUUUCCAAAAUUUGAUUUUAAAAUUUGAAAUUUAAUAAAAAUAUUCAAACGUGUUUUAACAGUAGUAGGAAUUUGAUAUCAAAAAAGUACCUCGGCCAAUCUCAAGUAAAUUUUAUGACAAAUUCAAAUAUGUUUUCAUAUUACUGUUCGGCCUGUGCGAUGGACAAAAAGUGUACUAUUAUAUUAACUAAAAUGGCUUUUACUCAUACACAAAAUUAUUAAAAUUAAAAAUAAUACUAUGAAGCUUAUACAAAUUAACCGGUAAAUUAAUUUACAUGGUCGAAAUUUAUUAAAACCACUUUUUUCUUAAUAUUGCCUAUACAAAACUCCUUAAAAGUGGUCUGUAUGGACUAUGGAGCCCCCUUAACAUGGUUUUUAUCAUUAUUUUUUUAUACUUAUACCACCGACAGAUUCAAAAUAGUUGCCUUAUAUUGCAAAUUACCAUGUAUGAAAAAUUUAAACAAACAAUUAUUAUAGACAGAUGAUUAACCCUUAUCUUAUCCACCCUUAACUAAAAAUAAAAUGUUUAGUUCAAGCGGUAAUUAGAUAAACACUGAGCGGUUUUUACGCUAAAUUAUAUAUCAGCUGACUUUUUAAUCAAAUUAUUUAGUUUAAUGACAUGUUAAGUAGGUACUUUGCAAAAACUUAUAUU